UUAGGUAACUAUCCAAAUAUUGAUGAAAAUAGACCGACAAUCGCCGUCAAACGAAUCUGCAUCGAAUUCUACUUCGAUAUAAAUAAUUUUUUCGCUGAAAGGCCAAUUAUAAUAACUCCCUAGCCGGACCAACAAACGAUUAAAAAAGGAAUUUCUAUAAUCUGGCCGAAUGAGGGGCUCAAGUAUAUCGAGUUUGGCUGACUGUAGUUCGUAGUAGCCUUUGAUUGAUCUGAAAAAUUAUUAUUGGUAUUUGUGGUAUUCCGUUGAAUUUUGAUGUUAUCGACUACAAUGGAUGUUAAAAAAUGGAAUCAUAUUUUAAUCUUGAUUCUACCCGUACUCCUAAGCCUUAGUUCUUGCGAGAGUUUCAAUCACGGCUUCAACAAAUACUCUGCUGCUGUCAAUGCACCUACCGAAGGUGCUUCUAUACUUCCUCCAAGUUCACUGCGAGACCUCGACAAGCCGUUCCGCAUGGCAAAAUUAAAUUUGUUGUGGAGCAAAGCAAAGCACCGUUUAACACAUACCAAACUUCAAUCUUUGUUCAGCGAUUUGAAAAUUCACGACAAAGAGGAAAUUGCAUUCAAACAUGCCAAAUCCAAUGGUGAAGAUCCUGAAGGUCUGCAAGAAGCUGUGAUGCGUAAACGAUUAAUUGGUAUCAUGAGUACUUACGAUCUCUUGGAGCAUUUUGCAAAUACUGAGGAUCCAUCCCUUUUGAAACAUUACAAGGCCCUAAACGAUGGUAGUAAUUAUGUAUCUCAAGAUGUUUUCGAAAAUAGAAAGCUCAAUCAAUUAUGGGCUAAAGCUGAAGUUGCUGGAUUCAGUGAUGAAGAACUCAGCGCACUAAAAGAAGAAUUUAUGCAUCAUCAGGAGAAAGUCGAUGAAUACAUGAGUCUUUUGUCCGAUGUUGAAGGUGGAGAUAACAAGAGACAUGAGAACAGUCUAAAUGAUAAGCACGAGAGUUGGAAUAUGAUUGAAAACGAAGAAGAGCAGAAUAACAUUCCAGGGACCAAUAUUGAUUACCUUACCAAAGCUAAUUUAAUUAGAGAAAAGCACGUUCAGUUGAGAGAUGGCUACGAUCAUUUGGAACGAUUGACUGCACAAGGACCACAUCACAAGGAGUUUGUAGAAUCAAAGGUACAGGGUCUUUGGAGAAUUGCACAACAAGCAAAAUUCACCCCAAACGAACUAGCAUCUCUCAAGGAAGAACUUCACCACUAUGAAAGAAGGUUGCUUAAAUUAAGACAUCUUCACGCAGCAACGGCGCUGGCGGAAGCCAAGAAGAAUAAUAAACAGGAUUAUGAUAAUUCCACUGCUGACAAAAGCAUCAAGAAACAUGCAAGAACGGUAGAGAAGUUGCAUCUCGAACUCGAGGCAAAAAUUAUGCAAAAGCACGUGGAAUUGUGAUUUAUAAUUCCCUAAUAAACCUCAAUACUUUAUAAAAAGUUGUUAUCGAAUCUCGUUGCCAAUACUACUUGAUGACGUAAUUUUACUCUUGACAUCUACUAACAAAUUUUUUAUUCGUGUACAAUGUAAGUCUACCAAAUAUUUUGAAUAAAUGUAUCGAUUUAA